GCAGUUUAUGAUACAAAUUGUGACGUAAAGUAUAACAGUUAUGCAUAUGCCAUAUUCAAGAAUUCUUCAAUUAGUGAUGAGUAGCCACUAUUAUUAUGAAGUAUUCUUUUUUGUUUAUAUAUGUAGAGUAAUGCAAGAACAGUUGCAUCAGUGUAUAGUAGUGUUUACACAAUAAGAUAAGCAAUAUCCCUAAAAUAAGUAUAUCUGCUAGAGAUGUUAGGGUUUCACUGGCAACUAAGGGUGUGUGUAUGGGAGCCUUAUCAGGGAGAUAACAAAGAUGCGCAUUAUAAUAAGGAGGUAUAAAACAACCUUAAUUGCCCUCCAAGAAAUUAAGCUAGAAAAUUAGAUAUAUAUAGUAUUUGUCUUUUAGUUUAGUAGUAUCAGGUAUGUUUUCGAUGUUUUCAAAUAGUAUGUCCUCUUCGGUGAGUACGUUAUCAACCUUAGAGGAAGAUUCCCCACAUUUGGUUAACACAGAAUCAAGAAAUCAAGGGAUGGCUUUAUAUAGUUCUUCAUCAGGGGAUGAGACCCCAUCAGCUUAUGAAUACAGUGACUAUUCAGAUGAUAAUGGUCCGGAAUACACUACCCAAGCCGUUAUCAAGAGAAAUACAGUGAUGUCUAUUACUCGUGGUUAUGAAAGUUCGUCUAAUGAUGAAUCCGAAGAGACUGAGGAUGAACUGGUGCAAGUGGCACUAAGUUCAAUAUCUACGAAUUCAAAUUCAUUGUCCAAAGUUGAAAACACUGAAUCAGACAGACUAUCCAGAUUUGGUGCUAAACAUAGUGCUAUGAUGUUCUGUGUACAGUAUCUUGGGAAAGAUAGUCAAUCAACAUACACCAAAUUAAUUCGAUUUUUGUAUGACAACUCACGUCAAUUUGAACUGUCAUCUAAUGUGUUGUUGCUAGUAAGAAGUGCAAUUGCUUGUGCUUAUGGGGGUCGUAAGGAAUUUAAUGAUUUACCUAAUCCAUAUAGUGUUGGUAAUUUAUCCAGACAGUUUUCAGGGGCUUGCUCUAAGUCGGGAGAACUUAAUGUCUCGCUUUUUUGUGUGUUGGGUCAUAUUUUACUUCGUUAUGCUAGUCAAUUUGAUGGUAAUGAUAAGCGAUCACUUCAACAGAGAGUUCCUGGUUGCAAAUAUAAAGCAGCACAAUGUCAGAAUAAGAUUGGAGGACCAUAUAUAUGGCUUAGGGGACGGGUUAGAGGGAGUAUUUCGGCCACGAAAUGGAGGAUCUUGGGAGAAUACUCGAGAGUACCCUACGAUCAAUUGGUGGCAGAUGCUACAUGUAGACUCUUGGGUAUUAACAUUGAACUCAGUAGUGCCGAGCUGCAACUUUUAGCAGCAUUCUUGCAUUCAGUAGAGUAGAGUAGAGUAGAGUAGAAUAGUAGACUAGCAAACUAGUUAAAGGGAGUGAUGGGAAUAAUGAUAAUAAAUUAUAUAGGAGAUUAAUAUAUAUAUACGGAUACUAGUUAAGGUAUUACCGGGUGCCAAUACCGGCUAAUUUAUGCCGCUAAUUGCUAAAAUCCCUGACUAUAGUUUAUGGACUUUGGAUCAUAUUCCAUAUUGUGCAAGGCACAUGACAUGACCGAACAAAGA